GGCCGCCACUGCUGGUCGGUUCUUCUUCUUGCCACUACUGCAAUUAUAUAUCGCUGUUCCGUCGUCUCCGCCGAUCCACCUCCGCGCUAAAAUCGCUGCUAAAGCUCUCAACCCUCCGCGAAUAUUCCGUAAAUAUUGCAAUUGCAUGGUUAGAGCAAAAAAUUACGCCAAAAUAAAAAGGUUAAAUAAAAAAACAAACGGGGAAAACACACACUGAGACACACACACGCACGCAAGCGAGCAGCUGACGCUGGCAGAGGCAGCGACUAAGCAGCAACAGCAGCAGCAGCAGCAACAAGCAACAAAAGCAAAAGGCAAACAAUUGGAUAAGCGCUAUUAAGGUGUUAAAACCGCUGCUAACUUAACAGUCCAAGAGUUCAGCUUGAGAAGCUAACGGUUCCAAGGUCGCAAUGCUAAAAACGGAAAAAUAAAACCAAUGAGAUUUUAGCCGACUUAGUGUUGUUGUUGUGGUUGUUCUCGCUGCUGCAACUGUUGCAGUGCAUGUGUGUUUGUCUGUAUGCGUGUGUGAUCGCGAUCGUACGUCUCUGUCGCACUCCUUUCUUAUAGGCGCCGCCGGUGAAAUGGUGUCGCCUUUCGCUGCCGACGUCAACGUCACACGGUCGACGUCGCUGCCGACGUCAGCGCAGAGACCACCGCUGUGGCCCUGAAACGAAAUUUGUUGUUCUUAAUUUUGUAAAAAUGUUUACAAUGCGAACAAUAUACACUGGCAGAAACACAGAGUCAACAAUACUCAAAACUAAUGAAAGAAUAAUUAUUUUCUAUUGCUGGGAAUACAAGGCUUAUAACAUAUAAAAUUAAUACAAAAUAAAAAAGUUAAUAAAAGUUGGAAAUAUAUUGCAUAAUAUCGGAGUUAUCCAAUAGCCGAAAGUUUAUAAUACAAUUAUUUGCUCUUAAAAAAAAUAUAUAUAUAAAAGCUGCAAAUACAAAAAUCACAAAUAAUACCUUUAUCAAUCAAUAAAACCAUUAAUUUUCUGCUCUUAAUAUUUCAAAUAAACUGAGCAAACCAGGAAAAGCACUGUGGAAAACAACAAGCCAAUAACACACUUAAUUAUGUAAAACAAAUAGCUUACUAAACCAGCUAAGAAUACAAUAAUAAACAGAUAAUAAUACGUUAUGAAUGAAUUAAGCAAAUAAAUAGACACACUCGAAGCUAGCUUAAGCGGUUUCAAGUAGACUGUAAAAAUCAAGGAAGAGUUACUAACUAAAAAGGUCAACAAGUGAACUAAAUCAGAAGUUUAGAUAAAUCAAACAGGACGGAAGAAACUUAAUAAUUUAUUUACUUAAUUGGGUUUAUUUAUUUAAUUGGGUUACUUCCAAAAAAGAAACUAACAAUAUAUUUUUACAUUUCGAUAAAAACUCAUAGAGAACAUAAAAAAAAAAAAAAUUUAAAGCCCCCUUAAAGUUGCCAGCUUUAACAAAAUCAUAAAAUAACGAGUAUAGAAACGGAUGUAUGUAGCUAAAAUCAUUUACAAUUUUAUGACUACAAAUAACGAAUAAUAAAAAUCUUUUUAAAUCAGCUCAACGUAUUAAAAAAUGGAUAUCGUAAACGUUAAAAAAAUAAAACAAAUUGCUCAAUUCUAAAUUACAAAAUCCAAUGGUGGUCUUAAUAGCUUCAAAAGCAAGUGAAAAAAGUGUUUUUAAAUAAAGGAGAAAAGAAAAACAAAGAAAGCACAAAGGAAAGUCGAGAAAAGUGCCUGAAAACCAAUGUGCGUUGCCCCGAAGUUAAAUCCAUUGAAUCCCCUUAUUCGGCUUUAAUUCCUUGAAGCCCUUCUUCCGCCCGAGCCCACCUUUAAUCAACACAAUAAUUCCCCAACAAAAACAAGCACAUGAGUUGGAUUAAUAGGAGUCAACUGGAAUAGGCCGAAGUACCCGGAGCACAGCUGGACAGUAAUAUUAUGGAAAAGGCGAAGGCAUAUAUCAAAAAUGAACUUCGCGGUGGCAGCCAGCAAUCCGAGCCAGCAACCACGCCCACGCCGACCUCUCCGGCCUCGUUGCCCGGAACGCUGCAAGCAGCCAAACAGCCUUAUCCGCCCGUGGAGCUGAUGCCCUCACCAGGAGCUGCGGCACAUCGGAGCACCCGAACACCCAACGAACAGUAUCACUUGGGGUACCAGCCACAUCCCGCCCAGCAUUUCUAUCCGGGGGCCAAGUCGACGGGAAGGGCAUCGGCACCACCCGAUAAUCAUCAUGUGCCCAUGACCAUAUGCUUUGUGUGCGGAGGACAUGGAGGCUAUGAACCCCAGCCCCUAAGGAUUCGACACAAUGCCGAGCGUCCUGCAGAGUCAUAUUUUCCCUUCCUCGAGCGCCAUGAACCUCCGAAUGGGGUGCCAGGGGUGGCACCUGGCCAGGAGUAUGUGUGGGCCUGCAUGCUCUGCUUUCGAUCCCUGAACGAGCAAUGGGAUUCCUAUGAACGGCAGAAGAAGCCCCUGCUGCAGCGCAUCUACCAUAUGAAGCGCGUGGACGGAAAGGGGUAUAUCGGAGCCGAUGUGGCCACCCAGAGCGAGUAUGCCGCCCAGGUGUUGGGUCUGAGUGCCGAACACCUCACCCAGAAUGGUCUGGUGGAGGGUCAUGGAGAUCCCUAUGCCUUGGCACGGCAUUACUCGCCGCAGCAGCAGUCACACCACCAGCUCCAACAGCACCACCACCACAGUACCUCAAGGAAUGCCUCACCCUCGCCAAAUCCCAGUGCUGCCGGUGGUGGUGGCGGUGGGGAUUUUUAUCCCAGGAACUCGACGCCGUCGAGCAACCACAACAGAUACCUGAGCAGGCCACAGUCGCGGGAUAUGCCCGUGGCCUCGCCCACAUCACGACCGCCCAGCGAACCGCCGGCCCUGAAAUCCGCCGGCUAUGCCCAGCAGAAGUUCAAGCUGAGCUCCGCACCUCCACCUAGUGGCUAUCAGGCCCAGGCGCCGUAUCAUCCUGCCCAGUACCAGCAGUUGCAGCAGCAGACUGCUGCAUACCACCUAUUGCAGCAGGUCAACGCUGCCGGAGGAGCAGCCGAGUCGGUCCACUACAAAGGUAAUCCCUACAGUGCGUUGCCCUCGCCUGGCAGUGGUCCAUUGGGACCCCCGGCACCGUCCACGCUCGAAGAUGACAAUGCCACCGUUCUGGAUUUACGGAACUCUUCGAGUUCCAGUGCUCCGCCGGCACCUCGUCACGGAACAAGCAAUACUUCGGUCUCUCAGCCAAGUCAACCGCAAUCGGAAGUGGGAAUCCUGGACCUUUCCAUGCCGGACAAGAACUCCAUCACUGAGGUGUGCUACGUGUGCGGAGAUGAGCAGCGCAGAGGCAGCCUGAUUGAGCUGAGUACGGUAAAGCCACGGGAAACCGGAAGACCAGGACAAUCUGUGGCAUACUUUCCCCUGUUCAACGAACAGCAUCCGCGUCCAGCACGUUCUCGUCCGAAGGAUCCCCGCGGCAUGAUCCAGGCCUGUCUGCCCUGUUACGAGGACCUUAUGCAGCAGUGGAACGCCCACCAGGCAUCCCAUAAACCGGAAUCGGAACGUUCGUAUCAGCUGCGAAAACGCUCAACGCCGGUAGCCGAAAGAACCACUUUCGUUUGCUACACUUGUGGCACGGACACGCCCUCGUCGCAACUACGCCUCGUCUACUGUUGCCCCAAUGCCGAAAGAGAACCCUAUUAUCCAUUCAUUAAGACUAUGAAAGUCUACAAGAACGCUAGUCCAAUUAGUCCUCAAGGCAUGGUUCAGGUCUGUUCAACCUGCAAUGAAAAGCACUCUGGCUUGGCCGAAGGAGGACCACCUCCAGCUGCUUCCAGUAACCACUCUGCUGUGGGUGGCGGUUCACCAAGCGUUGGACACUCACUGGAAUCGAACUCGGCCAUGUACAGUGCCAGCGGAGCGAUAGCCGGAAAUAGUGGUGCCCAAUUUGGGGGUCGUAACUCCCCAUCCGAGAAAUCCCUGGCCAAUUCAGACUCCACGAGUAAUGUGCGGUUUAGGCCUUACGAGACGAACUCUAACAAUUCCAACUCAAACACGGCACGCGACCUCAAACAAAUCCGUCGUAGCGAUUCGCGUCCAAACUCGCCGAGUUCCAGCCAAGGAGCCAUUGAAAAUGGACACGGCCAGUAUCCUUGCUCCAUUUGCAAAGUGCUGUGUCCGUCGAACAAAAUGGAUUGGCUGUCCACUAGUGCCGAGCACAUGAACUCCCAUGCCAUGCACUUUCCCUGUCUCAAGGCCAAUGCCGUAACCAGCAAUAAUAAUAAUAGUACCAGUAACAACAACAACAAUAAUACCAACAACAACAAUAACAACGAACUAAACAGCAAUCGCGUGCUGGCCUGCAAGGACUGCAAGGAUUACUUGGCCAGCCAGUGGGAGACCAUGGAUGCGGAACGAGUUCCCCUCGAGCACAGAAGAUACAACAUUCCCUCGCCCAUGCUGACCUCCAGCUCACCAAACGGAUCUCGGCACGGCGCAAUGAGCAUCAACACUCCGCCCUCCACGCCAUCCAUAUCAUCCUCGACGCCUGCCAGCACAUCAAUCUACUGCUAUCUCUGUGGCCUGCACUCGGACCUAACGUUAGCCAGGGUUCUCUAUGCCAGCAAAGAGGGUUCGCGUCCUUAUUUUCCUCUGCUGCUUAAACAUAAUUCUCUGCCCAAUGCCGAGCAGUUAAGAAACAAUUCGGCCUUGGUCUGCACAUUUUGUUACCAUUCCAUGUUGAAUCAGUGGCGCAAAUAUGAGGCACAGAGCCCCAGCGUGAAUCCAGCGGAUCGUAAAUACAAUUGGCAUGACUACAACUGUCACCUGUGCGGCAUUACGACUUACAGGAAGAGGGUUCGGGCUUUACCCGUCAACGAGUUUCCCUUUGUGAAGCAUCAGAAGAGCGACGAUGGCCUGCUGCUGGAGAACGGGGAGUAUGCGGUCGUCUGUUUGGAUUGCUACGAGAGCUUAAGACAACAAGCCUCGCAGCACGAUCGCUUUGGGGUUCCCAUUUCCAGGCGGGCCUACAACUGGGUGCCCCAACCGCCACCACCAGAGGACAGUCCCGAAUCGGCAGUGGCCCGCUUGCCCUGUGGCGAGCGCUCCGAUCGCAUUCACAUAAACAAUGCCUUGAGGCCCGUGCCAGGAAAGAAGACCACAUCUCCUAAGCAGUACGACAAGUCAAAAGAAGUGCCGCCGAAAGCUGGACAAAAGCGGCCGGCCACCAGCCCUGCACCGCACAUCCCUGUGCCGCACCAUCUGCAAACACCUCCUGGCGGCGGCGCUGGCGGCUUGCCGGGAUCAUCGGUGGCCAACAGCCCGGUUCCAUCGUCCGCCGGUGGCAACGCUUUGCUGAACCACGCCCUGCCCAGCAAUCACAUUGGCACUCCGUCGCCGCAGCAACAUCAACAGCACCAGCAACAUCAACAGCAGCAGCAACAGCAACACCAAGCCCAGCAGCAGGCUGUGGCGGCUGCGGUGCAGCAGCAACUGGCAGCAGGUGUGGGUUUGCCACCAGGAGCUAUUGGUGCCGCAUCGGCCAGUAGUCGUGGAUCUUUUGCCGCCGCACUACGAACGCUUGCCAAACAAGCGGACAACAAGGAGGAGGAUGUCGGUGGAGACCGGAGUGUACCAACCUCGGGAGCCGGAGGACCACCACCACCGUCGUCGGGUCCAGGACCUCUAAACUCGGUGGCAGGACGUGUGGGAUCUGAGCGCUCUGGCGAGGAUCGAGUUGCCAGCAGUAAGAAGCGCUCACCACCAUCGCCCCAGCCGCCGGAGAAGAUUGCUCGACUAAGUCACACACCACAAACAGCCUCGCUGCAACCAGAACUUUUGGCCAGGAGCGGAUUCCAGCCCUAUAGAUCGGACGAGCGACUGAUGCAUCCGGCGGGAGCCUUUCCUCUGGAGGCUUACUCGCAUUUUGCGGGACUGCCGGGAAUCCCGCCAGCAGCUUUCUUGAAUCCAGCUGGUCUGCCGUACACGGAACAACUCUACCUGGAGCACCGAUACCAACUUUUCCGCGCCGCCGGCGCACAUCCCUCGCAUCCGCAUGCAGCUGCAUUGUAUCCCCAAAUGGCCUCGCCCUACUCCCACCUGUAUUCGAUGAUGCCUGGAGCAGCGUUGGGAAUCUCGCCAGCGAUGCACGACCGAAUGAAGCUGGAGGAGGAGCACCGAGCGCGGAUAGCGCGGGAGGAGGAACGCGAACGGGAGAUGCAGCGCGAAAAGGAAAGGGAACUGCGUGAGCAGCGUGAAAAGGAGCAGCGGGAGAAGGAGCAACGGGAGAAGGAGCAACGCGAGCGUGAACAGCGUGAGAAGGAGCAGCGGGAGAAGGAGGCACGGGAACGCAAGCUCCGGGACGAGGAGCGCGAGAGGGAACGGGAACGCCAGCAACUGCUAAAUGCCUCGCACCACUACUCGAACCAAUUGUACUCCCCACUUAACCGGAAUCUGCUGGGAUCCAUGAUCCCACAUCUCAAUAUGAGUUUACGAGGACCACCAGGAGCACUUCACGGUCUUCCCGGAAUGUCGCACUAUCAUGCAGCAGCGGCAAAUGCACAGAGGCAAAGUCCCCACGGAGCCAUGGGUCUCAAUCUAGGCAUGGCUGGCCUCCCAGGAGUGGGAGUUCCUCCGCUGGGCGGUCACGGUCCCAAUCUGCAGCAUCACCUGCAGCAGGCGGCCAUGGGCUUGGCUCAUCCGGGGGCUGCUGGCCUCACGCAUCCAGGUUUCUCAGCGGCUGCUCUCGGACUCAGUGCCCAUCCGCACAGUCUCAACCUCAGCCAUCCGCACAUGUCGCCGCAUCAUCCCGCCUCGCUGGCCCACCAGUUGCCACCGCAUACCUCUUCGGCUGGCGGAGGAGGGUUGAGCAACUCUAUUCCUGUGACAGCUAGCUCCAGCUUGUCUGCAUCCUCACCGCAUGCCAGCUUAAACCUAACGGCAGCUGUGAAACUGAGCGCAGAUCAAGUGCCCACAUCGACGCCUAGUAGUGGUGUCAGUGGCAGUGGAAUGCCCCCCACCACCUCCAGCUCGCACAUUCCCAACAUAGGUCACUACUACCAUCAUGGGCAUUUGGCCGCAAUGCAUGCGGCUGCGGCGGCGGCAAGCGGAAUGACUCCGACAGCUGCCCACCAACAGCAGCCGCUCUCGCUGCCCAGCUCGCCCAAGAUCACGCCUCCGAUCACUCCCUCUUCCUCGGCGAACGGAGGAAGGGCAGGCGGCAGUCCACAUGCCAUGAGGCAUCACAUUGCAGCAGCAGUAGCUGCGGCAGCUCAACAAUCAGCCCUGAUAGACAAGGCAGCCACGCCGGUGACCCAUGAGCCGGCCACCUUGGAUUUGACCGGAUCAAAUUCUAAUUCCAGCAACCAGGCGCCUUCUAACGCAAGUAGUGGCCAGCCAACCAAUCACGAAGUAAAUGGCGGCGAAUCCAAUGGAGCAUCGCAGGCAGAGAGCAAGGAGCACAUGACGGCUAUCAAGGAGGAUCCCCUUAAAAGUUCACCACCACCAGUGGCGCUUGAAAAGAAGCCAGCCACCCCAAACGCAGCUCUAGACAAGCCCAUUCAUCCGGAUAGUUCGCCGGAGAACUCUCGGCGUAGUGCCAGCCCGCAGUCGGAGACCAACAACUCGUUGCCAGCGGUCAAUGCUACCACAGCAACAUCAGAUGACAGCAAGCCUCAGCUGGGUGGAUUGGUUCGCAGCAACAGCGCGGAGGAGGCCACAGCCUUAUGACACCAACUCUUCAGUAAUUCCAAUAACUAACUAAUGAAAAACUACAGCGAUAUCGGGAUGUACUUGCUGUCGGAGCAAGCUCUGCACCAGCAGCGCAAGCGGAUGCUUGACGAGUUUCUGAAGCUCUAGGAUUAUCCUGGAUAGGACCAGGAACGGAUGGCCAUUAAGGCCACCAUCUAUAUAAUACAAUGUAAAUUGCAUAACAGAUAUCAGAUAUUUGUUUGUUCUCGGUGUUACAAUCUAACGUUUACCCAACCAGUUGAAUACAAUUCUACCGCAAUUAGACAUUUUGAAUUGGUGUAAAAAUCGUAUCUGCAUAAAAUGUAAAAUAUUGUGAAAUAUUCCAAGUAAAAUAAUUACUCUCAAAUGAAACGUAAUCCAUAAGAAUUUUAGGUACGUACAUAUACUUGCAUGAAACUCUGGAUGUAGUUUUCGUGAGAAUAAUGUUCAUCGCACGAGGAAAAUUAAUGCUAGUUGUAAAGUUAGACUAAAGUUCAGAUAAGAAAUUUAUAUAUACACAACAGAAACAGAAAUUAUACAAAACAUACUGGGUAGCUAUAUUUUAUUCUUAAAUUGCUAAUUGCUAAUAAUUGUGAUUUGGAGAGUACGAAUAAAAACGGAAAACGUAUGAACAUGUAACUCGAAUACAAAGUGGGGAAAACGGAACUGAAAUUUAGAUAACAAAUCAAAUCAAAAACCUAGAGAGAUAUUCUGGAAUGGAUUAGUAGUGGACAGCAAAAGGCCGAAAUUAUUUUUCGAAAUUAAUCAACUUUUGUAUGCCACCCUUUGGCCCUUAAAAUAUAUAUAUAUUUUUUUGUUUGUAAUUUCAAAUAUUUUAUACGCAAAACUUGGAGUGCAGAAAUCGGGAAACGCAUUUGCCACAAUCUUCAGAAAACACAACCAGACACAAGCUAGCAAAUGGAUAUGUACCACUAACAAAAGUACUUUGUAUCCACCCUAUAAUUGAUGUUUAUAGUAAGUAGUCAAUACCCUUAAAACCAAGCAAACUCUCAAUAAUAUAGAUCUAGUUUUCAAUCCCGUUUCUAGUCUUCGCCCCUCUAACUCUUGCCUCCCAGUUUUCCUUUUUAUCGUUUGAGAUUGCCUAACAUUUGACGAUACGUGAAGUAAUGGUUUAUAUAUAUUUUAAUGCAUAAAUCUCGAGCAAUCUGUGAUAUUAUAACAAAAAAGAAAUUAAAAACCAAACCAAAACUCAAAAAAUCAUUGCGUAUGAGCCUCAUUUGAGACCCUAUACUAUAGAUUCAACUCGUGUUCGAAGUAGGGUAUCCCGGAAAGUAUAUAUGGACACCGAUACGCUUCGACAAUUCCGUACAAAUUCCGCCAUAUGCAAGUCGACUUUUCCUUUUGACAAAACUAUGUGUAUGUACCAGUAAAACUGAAAAUGAAUAUAUUUUAAUAACUAAUCGUAAUAGAUUCUUGAAUGACACACAUAACUGAAAUCGAUUGGCGUGCAUCUAGUAACAUAACCACAAAUGCCAUGCGAUAGCUAAUCAACUACUGCAAAAUAGUUUCAAAUACAACCUUAACAAAUGAAAACAAAUCGAUCGUAAAUUAAAUGUACUGUAACUCCCCCUCAAUCUUCGUUGUGUGUGUAAACAGAAUACAAAGUGUAAAACAUUAAACUGUAAGCUAACCGAAACGCAAUCGAACCCGAAAAUCAAAUACAAAAGUUCACAAUUACCACAGCUACCGAAACAAUAUCAAUAGACAUAAGGAGGAGCGCUCGGAUCUGUCAGAUCCUUUGGCCCAACAAAAUGAGACUCCAUAUCUACUAACAAAAGAUCAUAGUGUCAACAGACGAGCGCUUCUUUCUCAGAUCUUCACACAACCUCAGCAUAUAGUUGGGUAUAUAUAUAUCAACUCACUUGAGCCAACACAAUCGCGCAGCAAAAUAAAUAUGUUCGAAUGUUCAACCAUGUGGCAAACGAUAUGCGAAACAAACAUUUAAACAAUAUUGUGCAACUUUACAUAAGGCAUUUAUGAUUUUAUGAAAUAAACUCUACUUAAGGAUGUA